GGGCGGGGGAGCGGGGGCUCUGCCGGGCGCGCGGCUGCUGCUCACUCGCGCCUGAGCGCCGGAGAGGAGAGAGCGGCCGGCCGGCCGGCGGGUGCACAGACGGCGCGCACGGGGCUGCCGCCGCCGCCUCCGCUGCUGCACACACGCUCGUCGCCAUGGCCCAGCCCGGGCCCCGCCGGGCGCUGCUGCAGCCGCCCCCUCGCCCCACUCCUCCUCGCCGCCGGUCCCCUCUGCCUCCUCCUCCGCUCCCGCCGCCGCCUCGUCAGUGAAGGGGCAGCCGACGAGCGACGGGGCGGCACGCAAAGCGACCCAGUUGUGGAUGCUUCUUUUUUUCUUUUCUCCACUGGGCGAGGAAUGUUUGCGGCUGUGGAUAGUCCAGAUCACUGCCCGAGGCAGGAGAGCUCCGGAGAGACGAGGCUUGGCUGAAAUACCCAGACUGGGGAAAGAGCAAGGGGAGAAGGGAACUGAGGAGAAGCAGCAGCUACGCACUGACAUACUCUUCACACAUUGCUGUGCCUUGUUGAAAAAUAGAGCUGCAUAAGUACACACACAACCACGCAUCGUGUCUGUUUUUCUUUGCUGUUGUCAUCGUCUUGGAAGGAAUUAAGAGACAGCCCCUGACAUUUUGCCCGGAAGAAGGAGAAUACGAAAGAAGAGAAAGCAAACCUCAAGACUGGUGGCCGGGAUCUCAUUUCUGCAAUAGUCACACAAUUGUAAACUAAACCUGAGGGGUAAAAAGGGAAGGAGGGAAAUAAGACAACUUUGGAAGGAUCUUUUUUUUAAAAAAAAACACCUUUCCCCCCUUGCAGAAAUCUCUAUAUUUUUCGCCUCUUCCCAAUAUUCCACUUGCACGCACAUUCACACACACAACUGCCAACCAUGAUGUUUCGAGAUCAGGUCGGAGUGCUGGCAGGGUGGUUCAAAGGCUGGAACGAGUGUGAACAGACUGUUGCUCUGCUCUCCUUGUUGAAGAGGGUGAGUCGGAGCCAGGCUCGCUUCCUGCAGAUCUGCCUGGAGCAUUCCCUGGCUGACUGCACCGAACUGCACAUUCUGGAAAAUGAAGCCAACAACCCUGGAAUCAUUAACCAGUGGCAGCAAGAAUCGAAGGACAAAGUGAUCUCUCUAUUGCUCACUCACCUGCCAUUGCUGAAGCCGGGGAAUAUCGAAGCAAAAGUGGAGUACAUGAAGCUGCUUCCCAAAAUCCUGGCUCACUCGAUCGAGCACAACCAGCACAUAGAGGAGAGCAGGCAGCUUCUGUCCUACGCCUUGAUCCAUCCUGCCACGUCCCUGGAGGACAGGAGCGCUCUGGCCAUGUGGCUGAACCACUUGGAGGAUCGCACGUCAGGUACCUUCGGCAGCCAAAACAGAGGUCGGUCCGACUCGGUGGAUUAUGGGCAGUCGCACUACUAUCACCAAAGACAGAACUCGGACGAUAAGCUCAACGGCUGGCAGAGUUCGCGGGACUCUGGCAUCUGCGUGAAUGCCACUAGCUGGCAGGAUAAAAAUCUGGGGUGCGAGAAUGGCCACUUGCCCCUUUAUUCCUCCUCUUCCGUCCCCGCGACCAUCAACACGAUCGGAACCGGAACAGGCACAAUUCUCUCAAGCCAGACCCACCACAGCCCUUUGAAACGGUCUGUGUCCCUUACCCCGCCCAUGACUGUGCCCAACCAGCCGCUAGGGCACGGAUGGAUGUCUCAUGAGGACUUGCGAGCUAGAGGAGGACCCCAAGGCCUCCCUUCCGAUCACGCCCCCCUGUCUCCUCAAAGCAGUGUAGCCUCUUCGGGAAGUGGUGGGAGUGAACAUUUAGAAGAUCAGACUUCUGCUCGUAACACAUUCCAGGAAGAAGGGAGUGGUAUGAAAGAUGUUCCCGCCUGGCUGAAAAGUCUCCGCCUCCACAAGUAUGCCGCCCUUUUCUCCCAGAUGACGUAUGACGAAAUGAUGGCCCUGACCGAAUGUCAGCUUGAGGCACAAAAUGUUACCAAAGGCGCAAGGCACAAAAUUGUGAUCAGUAUCCAAAAGCUAAAAGAGAGGCAAAACCUUCUGAAGUCCCUGGAAAGGGAUAUCCUAGAAGGAGGCAAUCUGCGUGCCCCACUGCAAGAGCUUCACCAAAUGAUCCUCACCCCGAUCAAAGCGUACUCUUCUCGGAGCUUGAGCGUGGAGGAGCACGGCCGGGAUUCUGAGCCACGUCGCCGGGCUUCUCUGAUGGGCUCCGACAGCCAAGGGUCUGACUGCAAGGACUCCGCCUCGGGGGGGAUGCAGCAUCACCACUUGCCCGGCUGUGAGGGAGAAUCUGGUGGCGCCCCUUUGCCAGAAGGAGACAUCCCGGGACAGUUUACAAAGGUGAUGGGGAAAGUGUGUACUCAGCUCCUGGUCUCCAGGCCGGAUGAGGAGAAUAUAAGCUCCUAUUUACAGCUCAUAGACAAAUGCCUGAUUCAUGAGGCAUUUACAGAGACACAGAAGAAAAGGCUGUUGUCAUGGAAACAGCAGGUGCAGAAACUCUUCAGGUCUUUCCCUCGGAAAUCCAUCCUAGACCUCUCGGGGUACCGGCAGCAAAGAACCCGUUUUGGCCAGUCGAACUCCUUGCCGACAGCUGGAUCUGUAGGUGCAGGAAUGGGCAGGCGGAACUCACGCCAAUUCCAGAUCCCCUCCCGGAAUCUCCCCACCACGCGGCUGGGCCUGCUGGGCCCCAGUGGACUUUUGGGAGCCACCCAACGCAAUGCGGCCGCCAACCCCAGCAUCCUGAAACAAGGAAGACAGAACCUUUGGUUCGCAAACCCUGGAGGGAGCAACAGCAUGCCCAGCCGGAGUCACAGCUCGGUGCAGAGAACGCGCUCGCUGCCGGUCCACACUUCUCCGCAGACGAUGCUUAUGUUUCAGCAGCCAGAGUUCCAGGUCCCAGUGACAGAACCAGACAUCAAUAACCGGCUGGAGUCCUUGUGCCUCAGUAUGACUGAACACGCGCUGGGUGAUGGUGUGGACAGAACCUCAACGAUCUAGAAGACGGAGGUGUCUGCAGUGACAGCGCUGGCCGUGAGGAAGCACCUGCUGCUGGACCAGUGGCCAAUUCAGCACCGAGCCCCUGGAUGUGCUAAGGAUCCCCAGAGAUUAUUUGCAACCUUUUCGUCGCUGUUUCCUUUUCUCUUGUUCUCUCCCUGUCUCCCCUUCUCUUUCUUCAUCUUUUUUCCUUUUCAUUUUGCGAAAGGGUAGCUGCUAAUCAACAGUUGUGCGUUGCCAGAAGCAGGGCUGAGAUCUGCCAGCUUUAUUGCAAGGCACAAGAGGGGGUGAAAUUGGUGGGAGAGAUGGGAGGGGUUCACCCCAAGGCAGGUAUCCUGGUCGCGGGGGCUAAGGUCACCUAAGGGCCGGCAUCUUAGUAGCCAGGGAAUAGUUGAGGAGUCUCCUAGGGGAAGGGGGGAAGAUGCUACCCCCGUCAACUGAUCAAGAAAGAGGCUUUUUAAUACAUCAUUACAGAAGUGGGAUUGAAAAGGGGGGAGGGACGCCUUGGCCCUAUGUAAAUAUGUCUUGCAUUUCACUGACAUUCAAACCAGAAUUGGAGCUCGGUUAUUGUGGGAGGCGGGCGGGGAAGGGAGCAGAAGGGAAAGGGGAAUGGCCAAGCAGCUUCCCUCCCAUGAAGUUCAAAAGAGCGGCUUUCAUUUUUGUGCAUUGUUUACACAAAGGUGGGUAGAAAAGUGUGCAUCCGACGCAGGGAGCAUGCCACUCUCCUGCUCUUCCUGCAGUGCACGGACAGGCCACCUUGGCUCUCCACUUGCAUUGAACUACAACUCCCAUCAUCCCCAGCCACAGUAAAUUGUGGCCGGGGGUGAUGGGAGUUGUAGUUCCACAACAGCCGGAGAGCCAAGGUGGCCUGCCCCUGCUGCAGUGUUACUCAAUGAAACCGUGGCCUGGUCGGAGACACUCACCACUGCCUAUGAGAAACCGGGGUCUUCACUGUCUCCUCCUUUCGCUGUUGUAAAGGAUCUUUUGCAUGGGAUCUGUGUGCGUGCGUGCGUGUGCGUGUUUUGCAUCUUAUAGCAGCAGGUUUGCCUUUUAAAAUAACUGCCAAGCUGUCGCUUCUAGGGGGCCUUUGGCAUGAUGACUUUUUCUUGACUUCCCUAGCUGGGCCAGAGAAGGGUGCCGAAGGAAGAGGUGAGAAAAGCCGCUGAGCAGACAGAGUGAUGUCUGGAAGGGUGUGCUGAGAAAAUCAUGAUGUGUGUGUGUCUGUGUGUGUGAAAGAGAGGGCGGGGUGGUGUAGAUCAGGGGUAGGCAACUUUGGCUCUCGGGUGGUUGUUGAAUUACAGCUCCCAACACUCCCACUUUUGUGGCUGGCGAAGAUGGGAGUUGCAGUUCAAGGACAGCUGGAGAGCCCCGGUGGCCUGCCCCCGAUGUAGAUAAUGUUGCGUUUGGAAUGGACACAUCUGGUUCCCCCUCCUAGGAGGAAGGAUUUCUCUGCGCGAUAAACUACGCUGCCUAGCACCCAGUUUGUACCCCUUUCCCCUUUGUGCUGCUUUUUGCCCAUGGAGCAGGUGACCUGAAGGACACGUGCACCUGAAAGUCGAGUAUCAUCAAACUUCCGAUGCCAAGCUGAAAGUUGCUGUUUAGGUGGCGGAUGGGAGAGUCACGCCUUCCUCUCGUGUCUCUGAUUCAGGCUCUGCUUGCUUGGCAUUGGUCACCACUCAAGUAGCCCUAUUCUGUUGGCGCCCAGGAGUGUCAGUCACAGUACAUGCCGACCGGGGCACCUUGGCUUGAAUCACCCAAGCUGGACCAUAUAGUCCCCUGCAGUCUCCUUGCGUGGACGGCUGAAACUUCACCAAGGGUUGUGCACAAGGUUUAUGCAGUGUAUGAGGAUGGGAUGCAUCUGUUCAGCAUGUCAGGGCCUUCCUCAUUCAAAGAACUGCACACCAACAUGCUCUGAGCCCUGCUCAUUUCGGCUUGUCACCUCAGUCGCAGGGGAGCCACUGAAGCUAGUGGGAUGGUAGGUUUGUCCUCAGCUCUUCUGUGGUGAUGGCCUCUGGCUUAGAGAAAUUCAUGGAGGAGAGGUCUAUCAAUGGCUACUAGCCUUUGGGCCAUAGGCCCCCUCCAGCCUCAGAGGCGGGAUGCCUCUCAAUCCCAGUUGCAGAGGAGCAACAGCAGGAGAGAGGGCAUGCCUUCAUCUCUUGCCUGUGGACUCCUCAGAGGCAUCUGGUGGGCCACUGUGUGAGACAGGAUGCUGGACUGGAUGAGCCUUGGGCCUGAUCCAGCAGGGCUGUUAUGUGACCUGGGAGAUCCCUCCUGUGGUGACCCCCACACCUCUGAGAUAACUUUGGAAGUGAGCCCUUCCUCCCUAGGAAAUGCACCGACGACUGCCCUAUGCUAGGUUCACCUGCUAAGAAGUUCCCUUCAUACCAAUGGGGCCUAACUUCCAUAUGAGCCUGGGAAGGGAAGGGCUACCGGGCAUGCAAGUCAGUCAAAGUGCAUGUGACCGACAGGCUUCACCCUCCCCUCCCCCAUGAGGUAAUUGGAGGAUGCAAGUCCUAGGGCAGAACGUGCCCUUCCUGUGCUGAAGAGCCACGCAGGAGGGAAGGGUAAACAAAGCCAUGCGAGACGCCGGUGGCUCCCGGACUCAAUGGAGAGCUUGUUCUGGGGCCUGUUGAUGCUGGAAGGCAGACACUGCUGCCUUUCUCUCUCCGCCUGGCCAGUGGGGCCUGUGCAGGAGGCCAAGAGGGGAAAGCCAGCCAGCCAACUUGAGCACAGGCGAGGUCAGCAAAGUGGCUGGAUCCCAGGAAAGGUUUCCAAGAGGAGGAUGGGGCUCUUGUGGCUUUUGCGCAGGGCAGCCGUUCCGUGCAGCUUGGGUCCAGCCAGGUUUAAGAUGCAAGGUCAGAGUGCCUCUGAAUGAAAGCGACAUGAGGUCAUGUUGAAGAUUUGGUGGUGCAUGCAUGGAAUCCUCUCCUGCUCAGCCUGAAAAAGAGGGGCAGUGUGUGGGGCAGGUUGUUUUUUUUUAAUUGCUUGUAACUCCUUGGAAACUUCUAGAAAAGGCAGGAUAGAGGAAGAGAAGGCGCGCACACACGCACACACACACACACCAACCCUGGAUGCCUGGGAAGAGAGUAGGAUUACAGCCUCACCAACUCCACACUUUAAACCAGGGCUGCACAACUUCAGCGCUCCAGCUAUUGCUGGACUACAACUCUCAUCAUCCCCUGCCACAGUGGCUAAUAGGCAUGAUGGGAAUUGUAGUCCAACACUAAUGAGGGAUGGAGUUGUGUAGCCCUGGUUUAAACCGUCGUUUCUCUGUCGGUUCUGCACUUGUGUGCUGCUACCACCUGAAGAAGGCUAUAACUAUAUAUAUAAAGGAAAGGUUGUGCCCUUGAAUCAGUGUCGACUCCUGUGUGAUUUUCUGUGUGUCGACUCCUGUGUGAUUGGAUCACAUGUGUGAGCCCUGUGAUUUUCUUGGUAGAGUACAGGAGUGGUUUGCCAUUGCCUUCUCCCGCACAGUAUGAGGUGGUGCCUUUCAGCACCUUCCAAUAUUGCUGCUGCCCAAUAUAGGAGUUUCCCAUAUUCUGGGAAACACACCAGCGGGGAUUCGAACCAACAGCCUCCUGCUCUCUAGGCAGGUUGUUUCCCCGUUAUACAUACUGUAUUUACCCAAAGCCCAGACUAGGCUUUUUCCAAGUUUUUUGAUAUUAGAAAUGGGGAAGUCUUAAAUCCUGAGUCCUGUUCCUUCUGAGUAAAUGCAGGAAUAACCUUUAUUUAACCUCAGCUUUUUAAAGGUGUCAUCUUAAUUUUGGUGUUGUCUUCAAUUUGGGUAAAUAUGGUAUAUACCACAUAAUUUGGUGCAUCGUAUCAUACCAGUAUGAGGCAUAAUCCUGAUAAAAGGGCUCACCCAGACAGUUCUCCUUUUGCAGAACUGUGCAUCAUUUCAGUGCUUCUGCGUACAGGAAAGUAGCAUCUUUCAGCCACGCUAGUCUCCACCAACCCAUGUGACUGACAUAAAGACUGAUACAGGCCUUUUUACACAUCUGGUUUUUUGUUUUCCUGUUCCCCACAUCUUGUUCCCCAGCAGUUUCCACAGAUCAAGGAUAUCCAUGCCAUUUUUCAUUUCCCAGAAUCUUCCCUCGAUUCUUGGCCGUGUGCUACUGUGCCAAAAAGUGGGUAUCUCUUCACACUGCAAAUGGUCUUGAAACUGGUUUAACUGUCAUGGCUUCUCCCAGAGAAUUGUGGGAGCUGUGGCUUUGUGAAGCUGCCGACUGGUUGUUAAGAGCUUGUACUGCAGUUUCAAAGUGGCUCGAGACCCAGUUUUCAAUGAGUGUGGCUUCUCCAUCACAACCUGCUCCAAAAUUCUGGAAGCUGUGGCAACUUUACACAACACAUGGCAAGUAAGGCUGCGCAAACCACUAGUUCCUGUUGAGCGUGAGCCACACAAAUAAUCUGUGUCGUCUGAACCCGGAAAUGUCAGGUUGCCGAAUGGCACCUCGCUCUACCACGCAACAUCCAGUUGACACUUCUGGGUUCCGAUGACACAAAAAAGCUCUCUUCAGACAUUAUACAGAGACGCUGUACUCAAACACUGCGUCCUUGUGCAACAACUGAAGGUGGCUGAAAUGUGCAGCUCUUGCAGGAAUGUGCACUCCCUGGGAACCAGCGGUUUGUGGUGGCUUUCCUUUCCGCGUGCCAUCUGAAGCCACCCUAUAGUUUUGACACAUCUCCUCUUCACACAGAACUACAGUUCCCAGAGUCCACUGGCUGGAAGCCAUGACAGUCAAAGCAAGCUGAUCCUGGCUUAAGUGUGUCGUGUGGAUGUGCCCAGGGAGGCAGGUGGAAAGUCUCCCUCUAGAUCAGGGGUUCCCAACCUGUGCCACACCAGAUGUUGCUGAAUUACAACCCCCAUCGUCCCCAGCCACAAUGAACUGUAGCUGGGGAUGAUGGGAGUUGUAGUUCAGCAACAUCUGGAAUACCAAGAUUGGCAGCUGCUCCCAACAUCUGGAAUACCAAGGCAGAUAAUCCUGUUAAUACGUUUUCCCAGCAAUGCACCCAUACACCUGUUUGUUUUGUUUUGUUUUGUUUUGUUUUGUUUUGUUUAGCAUGGAAAAUAAAAACUCUCUUCAUCUGAUCAAAGAAGAAGUUGACUUAGUGCCAAACAUUUGUUGUAACAUUUCCUAAUAGAUAGGUGUGGAGCAGUAGGAAGGGACGGGUCUCUCCCUCAACGUCCACAACCGUUUCUGGACAAAGGAGAUCCAUGCAAGUGCAUUUACAAGGCAGCAUUUUAAAGAACUUGGAACUAUUUUUUUCCCCUAAAACAAAAAGUGCCAAAAUACAUUUUUCAUUUCUCAGUUUCAUGUUUACCAGAGUGCAUGUUAACAAUGAAAGGGAGCAGGUUUUGAGUGUAGCAGAGUCGGAAAACCGUAGGGGAGCGGAAAGCAUUGGGAAGUGGUGUUGAAGGGGGCUUGAGAAGAGGGCUGCAAGCUGCCAGGGUGCUUUCUGGCGCACGUUGCACUAUAGUGGUGGGUGGCAGGUGUGUGUGUGAACUCUGCUCUGCUCACAUGCAACUCCAGUGCAUGGCAAUGCAGCUGGCAAGCCAGAGAUUCUCCAGGCAGAUUGUGCCCAGGACUGGUGGUGGGAAAGGCAGAUGGCUCAGAACGUGGAGGAAAUGGGUCGGAUACAGAAGCUGAGAGCCUGGCAUUUGGCAUGUUUUGGAGUGUCACACAGAAAUUGGGGGCGGGGGGGUAGGUAGUUUGGGGAAAGGAAGGAAGAUGUUCUUCAAGGCAUUUGCAAAUUGAAACCUUGUAUUUAUUCCUUUGAUGAAUAUAGAAAACAGAGGUUAUCUGAUUAUUAAGAGAUAUUAUUUUGGAUAAAGAUGACAUAACUUGCUGUGGCUGGUAACCAUGAUAAAAUCCUGAUAUGAACAACCAUAUUUGUUUCCCCUUUCUUGUUUCCCUUUUAGAGAAAAAAGAUAGCUUCUCCCCCCCCCCCAUUGACAUGUAUGGGUACAUUAUCUUAAGGGGUGUGUGUGUGUGUGUGUGUGUGUGUGUGUGUUGCUGUUCCUUGUUUUAUCAAAAGGGGCUUCAGAUAAACUUUUAGAAACCCACCCAAGUCCCCUCUUGAGUCCUGUAUUGACUGCAGGUAGAGAACACAGAUUUAAAGACAAACAGAAAUAUCUAAAGUAAAAGUAAAUCUAUUUAUAGGGGGGAGAGUUGCAUGCAGAAGGCCAUGGAAGUCAAAUGUUUAGUAUUUUUUUAAAAAAAGUGGCAGUGCCUUUCGUUUUGUAUUUACCCAUUUAUUGCCAAAUGCAACUGUUUUAUAAGAAGCGAUUAUAUGAUAGUGUCAGAAAUUGCGAAGUAUUUCACUACAUCUAAAUGUGUGGAGUUCUUUUUUCUUUUCCUUUUCCUUGCUUUCAUUACAAGAGUGUGUAAGCUGGUUAUCUCAGCCUGCUCUGCCAGAGACAACUUGUACUAUGCGAUUAUCACAUAUGGAAUUUAUAUUGGUGCUUUUCUUUUUAGAGGUUUAUGGCAAUUGUUGAAUAGGGGAAAUGCAGACAGAUGCCCAGACAGCAGGGGCAAGUGGGAAUUCUUGCUUUCCUGCUACUCUGGAUUUCAUCUGGCAGACCGUAGCUGACAAGGGGGGGAAACAGACAAAGCAAUGGGUUGGGGGGUGGGGGGCUCACUUUUAUUUCCUGCACUGUGAUACCGUCUGCAUUGCACCAUGAACCAUUUUAUGAUUUCCAAGUGCCCUUGGCUUUUUUACACACUGCAGAAACAAGCUGUGGGGACCUCAGGUCUAAGCACCAUUCUCUUGACCAUCAGCUGGAAUGGAAACCAAUUGCACAUGCUAAGUGGCCCAGGCAUGAGGUAGUAGUGAGGCAGCUGGGGCAUACCCGUGUGUCAUGUUUGGCUUGACUCUUCUUGGAUAAGCUGGAGGCCCACAUGUAGCCAUCAAAACAUUGCCCUAAACAUAUGGCCCACUUGGGUAGCCAGCUCAUUUCACGAUGAGAGCCCUGGUUCCUGAACGACUUCCUUUUCUCACACUGAUCCAAUGCCUUUGGGAUGCCCAGAAGGGCAUCUGUGCCCUCGUGGAGUUUCACAUGAGCAGAGGCCGCCACUGCCCAUGCAGAGCUCCCUGUAUGCAAUGGAGCACUCUAGGACCUGAGAUCGGACAGGGAGACUGGAUUCAGCAGGAUUUGGGUGAGCACCCCUUGCCUGGUAAGCAGGGCCCAGCACAAAUUUUUCUGGCAGGCUUGGGUGUUGAAUCCCAUCUGACUAGAUGGGCUGCAAGGGCUCUGCUCUGUGUGCCGACACCUGCUGAGGCCUGUUUGUUGAGCACGCGGGACAGGGCCUUCUCAGUGGUUGCCCACAGGCUGUGGAACUCACUCUCAGCUGAGACCCACAGGGCUCCCUCUCUCCAAACCUUUAGGAGGAAAGUGGAGACUGCCCUUUUUAUCCAGGUUUCUAGCCAAUGAACUGUUCUUUGCUCUUCUUAAACUUUUAGCUGUAUUUGUUCUGUUUUUAUUGAAUUGUUUUUAUCUUGUUGUUCACUGCCCUGGGGACUUAGGACAAAGGGUGGUAUAUAAAUAUAAGUAUAAAGAAAUAAAAUCUGGAUCCUCACAAAUGCAUAUCCUCGCAAAAAUAGUUUCCAAGCUCUUGAUGGUCAAGAUGCCUGCAAUAUGCCUGUCGUCAAACAGUUUGUUUUGCUAGCCCUGACGCUCACAACCCCUCUCCAGAUCUCCGACAAUGGCAGUGCCUUUUCUCUCCUCUCUUACUGGGAAGGCCCAAGGAUGAAUGACACUGAGGAAAAUGAGCUUUUUUCUUUUGAGGUGACAUUCACUGCCCGUUUUGUGCUGUUAGCAGCUGUUCCGGCCUGAGCUGGGGAUUUGAUCUAGGCUGUUGCAGGGUGAGGGGGCGACUUAAUACAGCACUGUGACGAGCGACGUACAGAUCUGUAGGCACUUCAGAAUGUGCCUGGCCAGAGUGUUAUGUUCUGCAUCUCGAUGGCUCAGCUGCAGACCCCCAGAGCUCACAUCUCAGCCAGGGCUUAGCAUUCCUUUCAUCCUGUCUCUUGUCAGCUGCUCCUUCCGUGGGUUUCACGGGGCUAAACUAGGCAUUACGGAAGUCUUAGAGUUGCGGCCACUCAGAAUUGCUUGGUGCCCUCUUCCUUGCAUAGUCUCAGUCGGGGAUGGGGGCUCUCCAGCUGCUGUUGCACUUGCAGCUGGGGAUGAUGGGAGUUGUAGUUCAUCAACACCUGGAGGGCCAGGUUUGCCCACCCUGACUUAGACGCUACAAAGAGGAGGCAGAAGCAAAGCAAUAUGAAGUGGUAGCGGCUCCGUUUCUCCUGUACUAUUUAGCUAAGCUCCCAGGUACAGCUGCCCCUACUCGCGCCCCCACCCAGUAUUAGAGGUUUCUGGAUGUGCCUGAUUCAACGAAAACGAAAGAGAGUAGAUCUUGUAGAAAGUAUAAUUUGCACACAGCUCUGAUAACACUAAAGUUGAUUUUAUACAAGUCAUCAAAGUUUGCAAAGUGAGUUUUAUUUUUUUGUAUUCCUUUAAUCUUUACUUAAAAGGUGAAUGUGUAUUCCUCUGGGAGGAAUUGCAAGAAAACAGGAAUGUUAAUAAAUGUUUAAAAAACACACAGAAUACUUCCUCCCUUAUUAAUAUAUAACCUUUAUGUAUUUAUGCCUAUUGUAAGCAAAUGAAAAAGCUUGGAUUUCCAUUCUGUUGCAUGCCAGCUACUCAAAAGGAAAAUGCCCUAUUGUACAUGCAUGCAUUUUAGUCUUGACCUCUUCUUUUUUUUCUUUUUAAUUUUUUUUUGGGGGGAGGGUGUAUUUCCCCUUUAUAAAAUUAGUGCACAAAGAGAUAUUUUUGCCUAGUUAAUGUUGCCAAGCAAUGCAUAUUUUUUAAAAAGAAAAUUUGUCAUAUAUGGAAAUAGCAUGUUUGUUUACAUGUAUUUGCUUCCGGAGUAUACAGAAGGAGGAGGGGGGAAAGGACACUAAAUGCCUGGAGAUGCUAUUCUUUCUUUGCAAGUGUACAGUUUUCAAUUUGUUAUUUCUGGUGAACACCCUUGUGAAUUCAACUUGCUACAGUAUAUAUUUAUUAUUCGUUCUCCUCCCAUGUAACUAGGAAUCAUGCCUAUGUUUCAUAUCAACGUUAUAUUGAAAGUCAAGGGAGAUGAUUAAUACAAGAUUUUGUAACA